GUCCCAGGCGCUCGCAGCUCGCCUCCUUCCUUCGACGGCCCGGAACGGCAUGGAGCCCAACAGUCCCCGCAAGAUCCAGUUCACGGUCCCGCUGCUCGAGCCUCAUCUGGACCCGGAGGCGGCGGAGCAGAUUCGAAGACGGCGCCCAACUCCUGCUACUUUGGUCCUGAGCAGUGACCAGUCAUCACCAGAAAUUGAUGAAGACCGGCUGCCCAACCCUCUUCUGAAGCCAGGACUGUCAAUGUCACCAAGGCAGAGAAAGAAAGUCUCCCGUACGACUCCCACCAUGAAAGAGCUCCAGAUGAUGGUUGAACACCAUCUUUGCAAACAGCAGGCAGAUGAAGAGGAUGCCAGCGCUGGGAGCCAAGAACCGCACAGUCCAAGCUGCUGCCCCCAUGCCAACUCAGAACCUGGCCACAGUCCCGGGAGUUGCCCUUUGGCUCAGGCCCAUGCCCAGCUGCCACCCGAGCAAGAAGAGCCGUCUGGCCCGGAGGAACAAGGAAGAGUCACAGGAGCUUGCUGUUCAGAGAGACCUGGUAACGGAAGGCCAGGUUUGUCCUCAAAGAAACGAGGAGUCCAUAUACCACCGGAAGGGAAGGAGAGGCUUGCCAAGGAGUAGGUGAUGCUCGACCUCUGGCAUGAAUGUUCCAUCUGAAGACAGGGCUCAAGCUUACCCAAUGGGAUAUCACACAGCUCUUUUCUUUUUUUUCCUCCCCUCCUCCCGUCUUCUUCUUUUUUUAAAUGAUUGUGGGUUUUUUUAAACUUCAGUGGCUGUUUAGGUGUUUGUAAAGUUUUCUUUUCUUUUUGUAAAAAAAACAAAAAAGCCACACAAAACUGAAAUGGUCCAAGUUCAACUGGGGAUGGAGGGGAACGUUUCUGUGUCAUUUGGGGUUUGCAGGCCAGGUUGCUGAUGUAUUUAAGGAUGUGUUUCUGUUUAGAGUGCUAGAACGGUUCUAGUCCCAGAAGUGGAACGACGUUUAGGUUGCACCACUCACCCUCUAGCCUAGUUCUCCCAAAUAGCAGCUGAACCGGCCCAGGUCUGGAGUCUGACCUAGCACCACUUUAGACUGCAGGUUGGGCUCAAGUGACUGAAUACAACAAAAUAGCUAUCUGGAUCUAUCAGGAAAAGGGAUGUAACUUUC